AUUUCUUCACACUCCUUCACUUCUGCUUGAAACUGUUCACAGUGAAGACAAGCGCAGCGUGACUGUGUCGUGCUAUCACCUUUUGGCGUGUUUUUAAUCGUUACUCACACCACUUAUCGUUGCACAGCACAGGUAUAUAAUACGGUACUUCCGUUGUCUGCAAUGAGAAAGAGUUAAGAAAUGGUUUCACCUGUCGAUUCGCUCAAGACUAGAAAAGCUAUCUACUAGUAACGGUUGGUAUGAUCUUAGCUUUGAUGUCCACUGACAUUAUAAGUGUAACUCUGGCUGCAUAUUCAUUGCAAUGGAUAUUAAAACCAUUAAAACAGAGGAAAUCUGGGAGGUGGACUUGGAUCCAGACGCAGAGCCAACCUUAUUCUUUGCCUCAGAAAGAAUGGGACCAGUUUGUGGAUUUUGCGAUCAGAUAUUGCAAAAUGAGUGCGAAUUGCUCCAACAUGCCCACUCAGAGCAUGACAUCAGCCCGGAUGUGUUUGACGGAGUAGAUUUGCGCGACGCAGCUGCAGUGCAAGAAGCAUUCCUGAAUGUUGCCAAUUUGCGGAAUGAGUUUGUUUCUCUUGGGGAGGUGGAGCGCUGUCAUCAAUGUGGGUUCCUGUCCACUUCAGCCAAUGUCUUCGCCGCUCACAAAUGUUUGUUGGCUGAACCGACUAAAGAUCCAUCUGUCAUCGUUCAUCCCAGAGAACCACUCCCUGUUCCCCCACCUUACCAGAAUCCAAAUAAUGUUCUAAACGAAAAUUUGAGAAAUGCCCAACGGAACAUCAUAAGUACUAAGAUAAAUCAAGUGAUCAAUUCAACUGCUAAACCACAUCUGGUUAAUAGAAUAAUAAAACCACUUGCCAAACCACAGGUCGAGCUAACUGUUGGCAAUGUCAUUGAAAUGGCUCUUGUUGAGACUGUUGUGAAUGCUGGCCUGAAAGUAAGACCACCUGAUGUUUACGACGAACAUAGAGCUGUUGAGAUGGUGUACAGUCUGUGCCAGACUCCACAGAGGUACAUGGCUGAACAACUGCGCAACAUUCCCGCAGACACGUGUUUGCAGCUCUUGCACUUGCUACGCAAUCGACGCGUUCGUGUACCAGCUCAUGAGACUGUUUCUGACCUCAUCAAAUACAGUGUUGAGGGAAACAGGAACAACAAUUUGAUUCAAAGGAUGCCAGUUCCAACUGUUGACUGUCCCAACAUGCCUGUCCUGCAACAGCAGCUGAUGCUCAACGAUUUUAGGCAUAUGGUGGCACAAUCCCAGCUGAAUGUCACACAACCUCAUCUAAUUGCCACACAGCACAAGCCAAUUGAAACUAAUCCCAAGAAGAAGGUCGUGGAAUUGCGACCCAAGAGGCCACAUGUUACAAAUCCACCAGCAAUGACCAUGAGAACACCUUCAAGUCCAAAAUCUGAGUGCCCUAUUACUCAGGCAAGCACGCCAGCAAUUAUGGUAAUCACGUUGGACGACUUCCCAGAGAAAACACCACCAUCUAUAAAAUCAUUAAAAGAGGAAUGUAUGACUUGCGUUGACUGCUUCCGCUCGUUUGAAAGCAAAUUCACUUUCGUCAAGCACUUACAGUGGCAGUCCUUUUCGCAAAAAAACCCUAUUCCCCUCAAAUGCCGGUUUUGCUCACCACUGAACCGCAAGUCCUUCUUUUGUGAAAAGGGACUGAAGAAGCACAUUUAUCUCUAUCACACAAAAGAAGUAAACAAGGACAAGAACACGCAUUAUUCGGUAGAUGGGAGUAUCCAUGAAAUCUAUAAGUGUCUCCACUGUAAGAGAAAACGCGAUUUCAAAUCCCUGGCGAUAAUGAUACAUCACCUCAAGGUGUGCUGCAGAAAAAAAAAUGACUGUAACAUAUGUCCUGAUUAUGUAAAGAAUUUGAGAUCACCGAGAAAACAGAAGUACCCUGUUGUGAAAAAGACUGCAACAAAAUCAAAGAAUGCUAAGAAUGUGUUGAAGGUGGUAGUUCCCAAAACUAAGGGCAAGAUAAUAUCUUCGCUUGAAAGAAGUUUUAUGAUCAAAGAAGAGAUUGAUCACAAGCUGAACAAAGAGGACAUUUGUAUACGCCCGGAAUUUGCAUUUGUUGCUGUUAAGAGUGAUCCCAGUGCUCAAAUGAUGGAGGAAGAAAUUUCAGAAAUUUCCCAGCUAUGUAUGAAAUCUGCGCAAACUUUUGAAUGCGUUUCAUGCGACUUGCAAGAGUUGAGCCCAAUCAGACUGAGAUCCCAUUUCCUAAGAGAACACCCACAUUCUAUAGAAGAAUUUCAGAUGAGCAUCAGUCGGUGUGGGAGCGUGAGUGCUCGCUGGGUUUGUCCUCUCUGUGGAAACAUUUUCGCCACAGAGGAAGCUUUCUUGGGCCAUGUAGGUCAGCAUGGGGUGGACCGCCAAGAUUUAUUGGCGCGCGUGGAUGAUCUAAGAUUCUUGCCAACCUUGCGAUCCACACUAUUUUCUUUGAAAACCAAGAAAUAAAUUUCUUUUCGGAGAAAUCCUUUGAUCUCGUUUACGCUGCUAUCCAUCCAAUCAAGCAAUACUAUAUAUAUACACGAGCUUUUUGCAUUAAGUUACCUGUUACCCUAACUCUAUGUAAAAGCAGCAAUGAGAUGUAACAACUGGAAGUCUUACAUGUUUUGUGUAUUUUUAAAUUUCAUUUCCAAUCAAAAGAAAAAGACCUGUAUGAUAAUAAAAAGUAACUAUAACUUGUGAA